GAGGGAGACUGGAAGCCCGGCGGACUGCAGGCGGGGGCGUAAGGAGGCGGAAUCCACCUCCCUUCAGCGCUGGGGGGCGGGAAGGAGGGGGCCGGGCCGGUGGCCAGGAGCAGGCCGCGAAGACUGCGGGCUGCGGAGAUGGAGGGCGACGCGCCGCCGUGGGGCAGCGAGCCCGUGUCGGGUCCCGGCCCCGGCGGCGGCGGCGGCGGCGGAAUGAUCCGCGAGCUGUGCCGGGGCUUCGGGCGCUACCGCCGCUACCUGGUCCGGCUGAGGCAGAACCUGCGCGAAACCCAGAAGUUCUUCCGCGACAUUAAGUGCUCCCACAACCACAGCUGUCCCUCCUUCCCCGCGGGCUGCGGCGGGGCCGAGCCUGACACUACUGGCGAUGUCGCCGAAAUCGGCCUGCCGGCGGGCCAGCUGAGCUGCAUUUCCUUUCCACCUAAGGAAGAGAAGUACCUCCAGCAGACUGUGGACUGCCUCCCCUGCAUACUGAUCCUCGGGCAGGACUGUAAUGUCAAGUGCCAGCUGUUGAACCUGCUGCUGGGGGUGCAGGUGCUUCCGACCACCAGGCUGGGCACUGAAGACAGCUGUAAGCUGCGGCGACUACACUUCACCUAUGGAACUCAGACUCGGGUCAGCCUGGCGCUCCCUGGACAGUAUGAACUAGUGCAUACACUGGCUGCUCACCAGGGCAACUGGGAGACCAUCCCUGAGGAGGACCUGGAGGUCCAAGGGGACAAUAAGGAUGCUGCUCAUGUGUUAGCUGAGCUGGAGGUGACAGUGCACCAUGCCCUCUUAAAGGAAGUGGACAUUGUGGUGGCACCGUGUCAAGGCCUCAGGCCUGCAGUAGAUGUUCUGGGUGACUUGGUGAAUGAUUUCUUGCCUGUGAUAACCUAUGCACUCCACAAAGAUGAACUCUCUGAGAGGGAUGAGCAAGAACUACAGGAAAUCCGAAAGUAUUUUUCCUUCCCCAUAUUCUUUUUCAAAGUGCCGAAGAUGGAGAUAAUAGACUCCACUACCAGAACAGACAAUGAAAGAUCACCUUUGUAUCGCCAGCUAAUUGAUCUGGGGUAUCUGAGCACCACUCACUGGAACUGUGGCGCCCCUGGCCAGGACAUCAAAGCUGAGAGCAUGUUGGUGGAACAGAGUGAGAAGCUGAGACACUUGAGCACUUUUUCUCAUCAGCUGUUGCAGGCCCGUCUGGUGGAUGCAGCGACGGCCCUGAACCUGGUGCACUGCCACUGCCUUGACAUCUUCAUUAACCAGGCCUUUGAUAUGCAGCGGGACCUGCAGAUUACUCCUAAAAGGCUAGAAUACACUAGGAAAAAAGAGAAUGAGCUGUAUGAAUCACUGAUGAAUAUUGCUAACCGAAAGCAGGAAGAAAUGAAGGAUAUGAUUGUUGAGACUCUUAACACCAUGAAGGAAGAACUUCUGGAAGAUGCUACCAACAUAGAGUUUAAAGAUGUCAUUAUCCCUGAGAAUGGAGAACCAGUAGGCACCAGAGAGAUCAAAUGCUGCAUUCGACAGAUCCAGGAACUCAUUAUCUCCCGGCUUAAUCAGGCAGUGGCUAACAAGCUGAUCAGCUCAGUAGAUUACUUACGUGAGAGCUUUGUCGGAACCUUGGAGCGGUGUCUGCAGAGCCUGGAGAAGUCACAGGAUGUCUCAGUUCACAUCACCAGUAAUUAUCUCAAACAGAUCUUAAAUGCCGCCUAUCAUGUUGAAGUCACGUUUCACUCAGGGUCCUCAGUUACAAGGAUGCUCUGGGAGCAAAUCAAGCAGAUCAUCCAGCGUAUUGCAUGGGUAAGCCCCCCUGCCAUCACGCUGGAAUGGAAGCGGAAGGUGGCCCAGGAUGCCAUUGAGAGCCUCAGCGCCUCCAAGCUGGCCAAGAGCAUUUGCAGCCAAUUCCGGACUCGGCUCAAUAGUUCUCAUGAGGCUUUUGCAGCCUCCUUGCGGCAGCUGGAAGCUGGCCACUCAGGCCGGCUGGAGAAGACAGAAGAUCUGUGGCUAAAGGUUCGGAAAGAUCAUGCCCCACGCCUGGCCCGCCUUUCUCUGGAGAGCCGGUCUUUACAGGACGUCUUGCUGCAUGGUAAACCUAAACUGGGACAGGAACUGGGCCGGGGACAGUAUGGUGUGGUAUACCUGUGUGACAACUGGGGAGGACACUUCCCCUGUGCCCUCAAGUCGGUUGUUCCUCCUGAUGAAAAGCACUGGAAUGACCUGGCUUUGGAGUUUCACUACAUGAGGUCCCUGCCGAAGCAUGCGCGGUUGGUGGACCUCCACGGGUCCGUCAUCGACUACAGCUAUGGUGGUGGCUCCAGCAUUGCCGUGCUGCUCAUCAUGGAGAGGCUGCACCGGGACCUCUACACAGGGCUCAAGGCUGGGCUGACCCUGGAGACACGUUUGCAGAUAGCAGUAGAUGUGGUGGAGGGGGUCCGCUUCCUGCACAGCCAGGGACUUGUUCAUCGUGAUAUCAAAUUGAAAAAUGUGCUGCUGGACAAACAGAACCGUGCCAAGAUCACAGACUUAGGAUUCUGCAAGCCAGAGGCCAUGAUGUCAGGCAGCAUUGUGGGGACACCAAUCCAUAUGGCCCCUGAACUUUUCACAGGGAAGUACGACAAUUCCGUGGAUGUCUACGCUUUUGGGAUUCUUUUCUGGUAUAUCUGCUCAGGCUCUGUCAAGCUUCCUGAAGCAUUUGAGAGGUGUGCUAGCAAAGACCACCUCUGGAACAACGUGCGGAAAGGGGCCCGCCCAGAACGUCUGCCUGUAUUUGAUGAAGAGUGCUGGCAGUUGAUGGAAGCCUGUUGGGAUGGUGACCCCUCUAAGAGGCCUCUCCUGGGCAUUGUGCAGCCCAUGCUCCAGGGCAUCAUGGACCGCCUCUGCAAGUCAAGUUUUGAGCAGCCAAACAGAGGACUAGAUGAUUCUAUUUGAAAGCAAAAACCUUCCGCCACUGUUUCUUUCUGUUCCCUCACCUUUGGCCAAGAGGAGAAUUUGACAUUAUGCAUUAUAGGGCGCUUCUGGGGGACUUGGUGCUUGCUGGGCAGCUUGAGACCUUGCCAGACAGAGAUAGCUCCUGGGUAGUAAGAAGCUGGACGGCUAUUGAGCUGUUGGGGUAGUUCACUGAUGCUCCAUAUGAUUCCCUCAGCAAAAAGAUUGUCUAAUAUGUGCAAAAAUGGAACAUGGGAUGUUCUGGUCUCAAAACAGAAAAGGAGGCAAAUGUUACCAGUGUCUGUUCACUGUAUUAUGUUUCUAAGACAAGAAGUAGAACACUGUAGUGGCAAUAGUAUUAAAACCAUUAUUUUUGUGAUGUCAGCUCCCGCUAGGGAUAAUUUGAUUCUACCCAGUGGUUAGGCCCACUUAGAAAAUCUGACCUUAGUUCAGGAUUCUAUGAACAUAAGGACAGAAAAGAAAAUAUUAUGCUUGCCUGGUUCCUGCUGUCUAUAACCAGGGAUCUCAGGUUGUAACAGUCCAGCUAAAAAGCUAGAAAUAAGCCUGCUCCUCCUCACUGUGCCAGUGUGUUUACAUUUAUAGGGCUACACACCCCUAAUUUCUAGGGGAAGGAUUUACUGUUACUUUACCAAGAGGCAAAAAAAAAAAAAAAAAAAAAAAGAGCAUGUGCAUAUGUAUGUAUAUAUGUAUAUAACCUGUUGGAUUUGAGUUACUGCUCACCCCAGAACCGAAUCUGUUCUUCUGCCUGUGGGUCUUCCCUCUCAGCCCUCUGCUGGUCUCAGGUGGAGAGCUCCAUGCUCUAGAGCACAUGGUACUGGGGACAAGCAUCUGAGCAGAACCGACCCACUGUGAAACAUGUGGGUAAGCCUGGGAGUGGGAAAGGAUCAGACCCAUGGCCUGCACGCAGACCUCUGGAAGGGUACCGAGUGGUUUUCACAGAAACUCUUCUCUUUGUGUUUAAAAUUAACACACUAAUAUAUUUAAAGCUUAACCAAUGGUUAAAAAGCCAAGGCUUCUAUACUUUUUACCUAUUUUAAAUAUAAUCUGUUAGAAGGAAGAAGAGCCAGACCUCCCACCUAAAAAAAAAAAAAAAAAACCAACAAAAGAGAAGUCCAGUUCUGUGUCUUAGCAUCUGGCAAGUACCCUGCCUCUGAGUCUGAGGAGAGAAACUGACUCCUGGCGGAGGCGGGGAAACAGUUGAAACAUUGGUGCAUCUCAGGUCUUGAUUUCAAGCCUUCCUCCACAAAACUGUCCAUGAGCUGUAGAAACACAGGUAGGUGAAGGAACAGACGCGGAGGUGGGCAGCCCCCGCACAGCUGUCCAAUCUCAGGGGCUGUGGGCAGGCCCUCUGUCCAGCUCCAAAGUGUGAAGUAGGUCCCUGAGUAGGUGUUGAAGAUGACUGUUACGCUAGUGCUGGGGUUUUCUAGGGUUGUUUGCAACCGAAUGACCAGCUCUUGCCUAUUAACAAAGUCUAAGCGGAGUAUAUAAUAAUUUUUAUAUAACUUUUAAAGUUCAGUUUUUGAACUUCAGCCACCCUAAGCUCUCAUUAUGAUACAUUUAAGCACAGGAGCAGUCUCAGCACUCGCAGCCCUUCAGAAACUUUAUGUAAUGCUAUAUACCUUUUUACAUUCAAAUGAUAAAGUUAAGUGACUGACCAGUGUCUUUGGGCAUUGGCUCCAACUUCAUUUUGUAGACUGUUCAGCGUACCUCUUAGAAUUUUAACACGUAUUUAAGCUAGACGUCAGGCGUUCUACUUUCCUUGGCAAUGACCUGUUGCCCUUCUGGCAAUGAUGAUAGGGCUCUGGGAAUCCAUGUGUCAAGUUAAGAACUAAGUAGUUUGCUUGCCAAAGAGUCGUACAUCUGUUCUAUAUGAAGUUUCAAGGACAGUCUUACAUAGUUAUUUCCCUUUUCCAGUCUGUGCUCUUAAUUCUAGUAUAAUCGGAAGUCUAUAGUUCCAUUAUGAAAGCCACAUUUGGAAUGUUCUUUGGAAGUCUUAGCUCAAGCUCCCGUUCACCAUGGGAAGUUAAAUUUUUUUCCAACCAGAGUCCUUUUCAGUUCAUCUCCUGUGGCUUAGUCCACCCUCAGAUACCAGUUUUCUAGCAGGUUGCCUACAUUUUUACCUAGUGGAAAAGGCAAGGGGACUAAUACUAGGUAAGGAUAUGAGCAGUUAUUUUCAUUGUAAAAAGUAUUCUGAGAAAAGGUGCAAGAUAUGCCUGGAAGUGUCUGGGCCAACCAAAGUCUACAUACGGAUAUUUGGGGCUGUUAUUUAAAUACUCAGCAGGCUGAGUGCUGGAAUAUGUACCCACGUGUGUAUAAUGUAUGUGUACUUUUUUGUAUAACAUUGUUAGCUAAUUUUAGACUUUUUCCCUUGGCACCCAUUGUUAUUAAUAUUAUGGAAUGCCAUGAAAUGUACUGUACUGUAUACUACUUGAGAAGACACUAGAUAUUGUGAGAAGUGUGGCAGUACUUGGGUAGGACAGGGCAUAUCCCAACCAAUAUCCUGAGGCCCUUGCCUGCAAGUGUUGGUUGUCUGUGUUCCCAAGAGUUGAGGUGAGAUUGUGGCUGAGGGAGGAAGGCGGGCCUGUCAGAUUACCUUUACUGUGUUCAAUCCUUCUAAAAAAUGUAAUGAGAGCAGUUUACCCCACCCAACAUGAUUACCUGGCCUCUUUCAUGAGCUCCAAGUCUGGUCACUCAUUUGGCUUCAGAUCCAAGCAAGAGGCCUUCCUGCAGAGCAAUCAGAAGAAACCACAGUGCAGCCUGGGCCCCUGGACCAGUGACCCUGUGCCUAGAGCUUGCAAUGCAGGUGAGUGCUGCUGGUCCAGAGGAGGUGCCCAUACGCAGACCCUGCCCCCUGCUCUCCCGCAGAGUGGAUCCUUGACUGAGCAGGCCUUCCAUAGCUCAGGACAAGAGGAUUUUGCUGUUGUUCCCAGACCAAAGAGUCAUAUCUGACUCUAUCACCUCUAAGAAGAGAGCCUAGGCAGCAGCUGCUUGUAUUUUAUUUUUUAAACACUAAAUCUCAAAGAAGUAGUAGGAGAAAAGAUAUGUUACUACCACAGAUAGAAAUAGGAGAAUGGUAGAACUCUUGGCCAGUAAUCCGUCAGCUCCCAAAUGGAUUUUUAUAACUUUGCUUGAACUGCCAAAAGAGGGCUUGGAGGGCUGAGAGGUAGCACAGUGGCAGAGUGCAGCCUUGCCUGUGCUUGGCCUUGGCUUCCAAGCCCAGUACCAAAAGCCCAAAGCAGGUGUGGGGAAAUGUUUCUCUUGAUGGGAGAAUGGCUAGAGUGUCAAGGUUGGGAGGUGACAGCUACACUGAAUGACAUUUUAUUUUUUGGCUUACUAUUUAGCAUUGAGAAGCCUAGAAAGGGGGUUUGUAUGGUUACAGCAGCACCUUGAGAUACUGAGGCACCCUCUGACCUUGAUUUGUAGAGAUGCCACACUUGGUAUUGUACUGGGCCAAUCAGGAAGCCUCUGAAGUCUGCACUGCACCACCAAAGGAUGAACAGCCCUGGAAGUGUCCUUUACCAAAGAUGAGUUGCUUUCUUUGAACUUUUGAAGCGUGCUUUUUGGAUUUGCUGGCUCCAAAAAAACUCAUUUUUCUUUAAAAGAAAAUGAAGGUGUAUUCUUCUGAAUAUAGGGGUAGGGUGGGACAGAGCUAGCUUGAUAAAGAGGGUAGGAAGGAGUGGCCUUGAGGUGUUCAUGUCAUAGACUCCCUGGAGUUGUCAGAUAGCACUAUUGUUCUUAACUAUUGUUUCAUGUUUAACUUCUGCUUUGUUAACAUCUAAUCCAGCUGAGGUGAUGGCAAAGGCCAUGUGAGAAUACCUGUCAUUGAGAGGCCAGUUUGCUGAGAAAAGUGGUCACCAACAGCUUGUUGUCUUGUCUUUAUGUAAUGUUUUUUUGUUUGUGUUAAAGAACUAAUAUUUGUUACAGUGUUAAAUAAAAGUGUAACAUACUAAGUGUGUAGAAUAAAAAGUGCAAUAACAGAAGAAAAAUACUUUGGCAUAAACUCUCUAUGCUCCCUCCUUCUUUGUGCUACCUGGCUCUGUUCAUAUUGUUACAGGACUACGUUAACUGUAUUUUUAAGAGAUUCGACUAUGGGUUAAGUCUUUGCUUACAUAAUUUUUAAUGGUUGGGUUUGGUUUUAUAGAGUAUUCUGUAUCAUUGUUAGGAUUCACAAGUACAGGAUGCGCUGUAUAAUAAAGAUCACAUUAACGUUGUUUUAGUUUUA